AUGACAUAUCUCGGUCGAAUUUUUCUCUUGGCCACCUUAUUGGUGGUCCUCGCUCAACAAUCCGAAGCAGUUUGUGGCUAUGAGUCGUGUCCCGCAACGAAAUCAAACAUGGUUAACAUCCACUUGGUUCCUCACUCCCACAAUGAUGUGGGUUGGCUAAAGACUGUUGAUCAGUCGUACUAUGGGUACUUGAAUAAAAUUCAUCAUGCUGGUGUGCAAUACAUUUUGGAUAAUGUUGUCACUCAGCUACUGCAGGAUCCCAAUCGUCGCUUUAUUCAGGUGGAGACGGCCUUCUUUGCCAAGUGGUGGAGUGAGCAGUCGGAGACCACGAAGAAGGUGGUCACUAAGUUGGUCAAUGAAGGACGUUUUGAGUUCACCGGCGGUGCUUGGAGCAUGAACGAUGAGGCCGAUGUCAAUUACCAGGGUGUGAUUGAUCAGUUUACAGUGGGAUUAAAGUUCCUCAACGAGACGUUCGGAGCCUGUGCUCGUCCCCGAGUUGGCUGGCAGAUCGAUACCUUUGGUCACUCCCGUGAGCAAGCAGCAAUAUUCGCCCACAUGGGCUACGACGGCCAAUUCUUUUCAAGGAUGGAUCAUAACGACAAGGACACCCGCAUGAGUGACUUGACCAUGGAGAUGAUUUGGGAUGCUAGUGAAUCGAUGAGUGGAGUCAAUCUCUUUAGUGGAAUGUUGUAUAACUUCUACUCUGAUACUCCGGGCUUCUGCUUUGAUAUACUUUGCACUGAUGAGCCCAUUAUCGAUGGCGAUAGCGAAGAAAACAAUGUCGAAGAGAGGGUAGAUCACUUCAUUGCCUAUGCCAAAAAUAUGUCGGAGGUGUACAUCACUAACCACGUAAUGGUUCCCAUGGGUGGGGAUUUCCAGUACGAGGAUGCCAAAGUCAACUACAAGAACAUGGACAAGUUGAUCAAGUAUAUUAACGAACGCCAGGCAUCUGGAUCGAAGUACAACAUAUUUUACUCCACGCCGAGCUGCUAUCUGAAUUCCCUGCACCAGAGCCUGGAGUCCUGGCCAAACAAAACCCAGGACUUUUUCCCCUAUGCCCAUGAGAAGAAUAGUUUUUGGACAGGAUUCUUUACCUCUCGACCCACUCAGAAACGGUUUGAGCGGGAUGGGAAUCACAUGCUGCAGGUGGCCAAGCAGCUAUCCGUACUAGCGAAUCUAACAAGUGAACAGCACAACAAUGAUUUGGACUAUCUGCGGCAGACUAUGGGAGUAAUGCAGCAUCACGAUGCCAUCACGGGCACUGAAAAGCAGGCUGUGUCCGAUGACUACGAUCGAAUGAUGUACGACGCCAUCGUUGGGGCAUCUAACAAUGCACGCGAUGCCCUGCGGAUUCUCACCAACAUGCCCAACGGAGAGUUUGAGAGUUGCCUGAGGUUGAACAUCAGCGAGUGUGCUUUUACCAAGGACGGUGCUGACAACGUGGUCGUGACCUUGUACAACCCACUGGCUCAUAGCUCCAGCCAGUAUGUUCGCAUACCGGUGAAGGAGGAGAACUACCAAGUGACAGAUGCCAAGGGAAAAACGGUUCCUUCAGAAGUGGUUCCAGUGGCCUGGCAGGUUUUGGCCUUGGAGUACCGACCCAAUGACACGCAGCACGAGUUAGUUUUCAAGGCCACAGCGAAUAAAAUCGCCAAUUACUACAUCAAAAAGGUUGAGGGCAAUCCGACUUCUGCCAUCAAGAAGCUUAGCCAGCGGGAAAUUGAUAGUUCCGAGACUGUAGUAGAAAAUUCACUCGUCAAACUAGUAAUUGACAACCAAACAGGGCGCCUGAAGUCGGUUGAGAUGAACGGAGUGUCUGAGAAAAUUGUCCAGAACUUCGGCGUCUACAAGACUCACACUUCCUGUGCAUAUACUUUCCGCCAAGAUGGGGAUAUUAAAGUUUUUGAAGAUGACUUCGAAUUCACAGUUUACGAAGGAGCUUUGGUCAAGGAAGUCCACCAGCGGGUGAACGAUUGGAUCUCGCAGGUGAUUCGCAUUUACGAGGAUGUCAACCGAGUGGAGUUUGAAUGGUUGGUAGGACCAAUUCCCGUCGAUGAUCAACUGGGCAGUGAGUUUGUCACAAACUUUAAGAGUGGCAUUUCAUCAAAGGGAGUUUUCUACACCGAUUCCAAUGGCCGUGAGUUGAUGAAACGCGAGAUGAAUAAGCGUGAGGACUUUGUUUCCGAUCUGAGUCGCCAACCAGUGAGCGGUAACUUCUAUCCAGUCACCUCCAGGAUUGCUUUGCAAGAUGAGACCAAGCGAUUGGUUUUGCUGAAUGAUCGUUCCCAGGGUGGAGCCAGUUUGGAGGACGGUGCCUUGGAGAUGCUCAUUCAUCGUCGCCAUCUUUUCAACGAUGGUGGUGGCGUGGGAGAAGCUCUGAACGAGACGCAUUUUGGAAAAGGGUUAAUAGCCCGAGGAAAAUUAUACCUGGUUCUUGAUUCUGUGGAAGAUGGAGAUACCGUUCUGGAGCGUAAGGCGGAAAAGGAGCUCUUCCUUCCUUUUUGGAAGUUCUUCAGCAGGGCAACGGAAAUUGGAAAGGCCACCACCAAAACGGUACUCGACUUUGAUGACCUUCCCCAGUCGAUUCAUCUCCUCACCUUGGAGUCCUUCACUGAGAAGGAAAUUUUACUACGAUUCGAAAACUUCUUGGACAAAUCCGAGGGACAAGUGACUAGCUUCAACAUACGUGAUAUAUUUGACAGCCUGGGCGGUUUGGCGAUUAGGGAAACCACCCUGGAUGGAAACAUGCCACUGAGCGAUAUGAAGCGAUUCAAGUUCCAUGCCCAAGAAUCCGGAAAUAGGCAUUCAGCCGUUGAGUUCUCUACGGCUCAGCAUAGAUCACUUGAAGCUGACAAGUCCGAUGAAGCUUCCCUGUUUGCUGUAACACUAUAUCCCAUGCAAAUUCGCACAUUUAUUAUUAAAACACAAUAA